AUGAUAGCAACACUGCACAGGCAGAGCGUUGCCGGCACCCUCAUGGGCUUCAUGGCCCAUGGAGGCCCGCAUGUUCACAGAAAUUAUAAAAACGCCUUGGUGGGCCUCAACCUGUACUGCGGGGGCGCGGGGCUGGCGUUGGGCGGCGGCGGGCGGAAGGAGCCCCGCGGAGGCCGCAGCGACGCCGCCGAGGGCCCCGACGCCGCGACGCCCGCGCGGGGCUGGCACUUCCGCCCGGGCCGCUGCUCGGCGCCGCCUCCGCCUGAGGAGGACGCCGCCGCCGCCAUGUUGUCGCCCGAGGCGGAGCUGGACGGCUGGCGGGGGCGAAGGCGGACGGCGGCGGCGGAGGAGGCCGGGGCGGCGGGCGGCGACGGGGACGCGGACGCGCUGUACCGGCUGUCGCUCGACAUCAUCUCGCGCUACUUGCGCGAGCAGGCGUCGGGCCGCAAGGACGCGGCGCCGCCCGGCCCGGCCGGCCGGAGGGCGCUCGACACGCUCGGCACGCAGCGCAACCACCGCGCGGCCUUCCAAGGCAUGCUGCGCAAGCUGGACCCCAAGGGCGAUGCGGACGUGCGGGCGCUGGCGCGCGUGAUGGCGCACGUGUUCAGCGACGGCGUGACCAACUGGGGCCGCGUGGCGACGCUCAUCGCCUUUGGCGCCUUCGCGGCCAAGCACCUGCACAGCACCGGCCGCGAGCGCUGCGUCGAGCCCCUGGCGCGCAGCAUCGCCGACGUGCUCGUGGGCACCAAGCGCGACUGGCUCGUCCAGUAGCGGGGCUGGGAUGGGUUUGUGGAGUUCUUCCACGUAGAAGAUCUAGAAGGCGGCGUUAGGAAUGUGCUGCUGGCUUUUGCCUGUUGCGCUGGAGUCGGGGCUGGUUUGGCGUAUCUGAUAAGAUAGCCUUUAAGUGCAAUCAUUGACUCUUACCGACUCCAGCCGCCAAAUCACAGAAGACUGCUGUGAAAUCACAUCUAUUUAUGAAGUUGAACUUCAAGCUGCCCAGGCUGUAACCUCCAAGAGUUCUCUAGCCGAGUAGAAAGAACAGCGAGUGGCAAGAGGACGUGGCCAACAGGAAUAAAUGCAUGGGAAAAUAGUCCCCCUUGAAGAGUCACUGUGUGAAAGGAGCCAAGUUCCAUUCUGGCAGGCGGCACACUUUAGAGCCAUAGUGGAAAACUUAGGAGAGUUAAUGAAACUGGUAAGGGGGAGACGCGAUUCUUUUCUUGGUUCGCGCUGGCAGAGUAACCAGUAG